AUACAAUGUCUUCCUCUGGUUCCAUGUGGCUGUAUUGGUAGGAACCCCAGUUACAUAUUAUCGGUUAAGUUCUAAUAGUCGGAGGUUUAACAUCGAUUUUGAAAACAAAAGGGAAAUUCACAAAAAAACGCGUGUGAGGAAUUAAUAAUGCAGCACGACGACGUUAUCUGGGACAUCAUAGGCAACAAAGCGUUUUGUUCCUUUAAAGUCAAGACAAAGGUUCAGAAUUUCUGCCGGAAUGAAUACAAUAUUACUGGACUUUGUAAUAGGUCUUCCUGUCCACUAGCUAACAGCCAGUAUGCCACCAUUCGAGAGGAGAAGGGUCAAUGUUUCUUAUAUAUGAAGGUUAUUGAGAGAGCAGCAUUUCCUGCCCGAAUGUGGGAGAAGGUGAAACUUAGUAAGAACUAUGAGAAGGCUCUGGAACAGAUUGAUCUGAACUUGAUCUAUUGGCCCCGCUUCAUCAGACACAAAUGUAAACAACGCUUCACCAAGAUCACGCAGUACCUCAUCCGUAUCCGCAAGCUCACACUCAAACGACAGAGGAAACUGGUCCCCCUUAGCAGAAAAGUGGAGGCGAGAGAAAAAAGGAAAGAGGAAAAGGCCCUUGUUGCUGCACAGCUUGAUAAUGCAAUCGAAAAAGAACUGCUAGAGAGGCUGAAACAGGGAACGUAUGGGGACAUCUACAACUUCCCCAUCCAUGCCUUUGAUAAGGCAUUAGAGCACCAGGAUGAGGAGAGUGAGUCUGACUCAGAGGAAGAGGAAGCGGAGGAAGAUGACGAGGAUGUUGGAAAGCCAGAAUUUGUCGCGGAAGAUGAAAUCGAGGAGAGUGAUCUCAGUGAUUUUGAGGACAUGGACAAUCUGAAUGCAGACAGCGAUGAAGAUGAAUCUAGUGAAGAAGAGGGCGAGUCUGAAGUAGAGAUGGAGGAAGAGAGCGAGGCCUCGACAUCCACGGGAAAGUCAAAAGGAAAGACACCCCUGAAAGGCUCUGCAUUCCGGAAGAAAAGGGCUUAUGUGGAGAUCGAGUAUGAACAGGAGACGGAGCCUGUUCCCAAAAGCAAGGCCACGUAGUCAAAGACUUCCUUCGACACAGAUCGUCAAAUCAGUGCCUGCCUUAUUUUGGGAGGUUACACUGUCAAGGAUUAAUACUACAACGCAUCGAUCUAUACAUUGUUUUGGUUAAUUUAAGCUGUUGAAUAUUUUGCCUUAUUGGACUGAACUUCCAGCAACUUCUUACAAUCACUCGUGUAGAGUGAAACUUAUAAGAUGGGUCUGGGGAUUUGGAAUGUUCUACAGGCUUAAAUCCACAAUUUUCUAGACCACUUUUUAAUAAUUGUGUAUACAUUACAUGGUGUAGGACAUGCGGCAAUUCAUCAGUUGACAUAAAGUUAUGCAUCUUGUUUUCAGUCUCUGAAUUUCAGUGUAACUCUUACUGUUCAAAUUAAUAAAUCUCUGAAGGCAUUGUAAUC